AUGCAGAGACCCAGCGGCCAGGGGACCGCCUUCUCCAUCGACUCGCUCAUCGGGACGCCGCCGCCGCGCUCCGGGCACCUGCUCUACACCGGCUACCCCAUGUUCAUGCCGUACCGGCCGCUGGUGCUGCCGCAGGCGCUGUCCCACGCGCCCCUGCAGUCGGGGCUGCCGCCGCUGGCGCCGCUGGCCUCCUUCGCCGGCCGCCUCACCAACACCUUCUGCGCCAGUCUGGGCCAGGCCGUGCCCUCCAUGGUGGCGCUCACCACGGCCCUACCCAGCUUCUCUGAGCCCCCCGACGGCUUCUACCCGCCGCAGGAGCUGCCCCCGCCGCGCGCCAACCCCGACGCCGGCUGCCGGCGGGGCGCCGAGGGCCUGGAGGCGGAGGAGCUGCCCCCGGGGCGCGAUAAGGGGCCGCCCGAGCCGCCGCUGCACUUCCCGGACCCCUUCCCCGGCCUGGCAGACGGGAAGGCGUACAGCUCGGACGAGGAGAAGCUGGAGGUGAAGUCGGCGGCCACGCCGUGCAGCGAGCGGGAGGAGGAGAGCUCGGCGGGCGACAGCGAGGAGGAGCCCUUCCUGGACGGGUCGGCCGCCGCCGCGCUGGGCGGCAAGGGCAAGGGCAAGGGCGGCCCCGCGGCGGAGCAGACCCCGCCGGGCUCCGGGGCCGGCAAGAGCCGCCGGCGGCGCACGGCCUUCACGAGCGAGCAGCUGCUGGAGCUGGAGAAGGAGUUUCACUGCAAGAAGUACCUGAGCCUGACGGAGCGCUCGCAGAUCGCGCACGCCCUGAAGCUCAGCGAGGUGCAGGUGAAGAUCUGGUUCCAGAACCGCCGCGCCAAGUGGAAACGCAUCAAGGCGGGCAACGUGAGCAACCGCUCGGGCGAGCCCGUCCGCAACCCCAAGAUCGUGGUGCCCAUCCCGGUGCACGUCAACCGCUUCGCCGUGCGCAGCCAGCACCAGCAGAUCGAGCAGGGCGCCCGGCCCUGA